AUGCCAGACGAAACAGCUAACGCCGAAACACAGCUUGUCCUCCGACAAGCGGACUCCUUCUCCGACUCGAGCAGCGACUCAUCCCGCCGCGCGCUCCAACGACGGCAGCGCGGCUCAAAGCAACAAUCGCCCAAUAUCCUCAUCCGCCCAACCUACCCCUUCCCCAAACCCGAAGAGUACAACCUCAGCGGGCCGUUCGAAGGUAUCGGCAUCUCACGCUACCUCCGUUAUUUCGAGCGCGCAUGCAGCCAGUAUGGCCUCGUUCCCAGCUUAGCCAACCACCCCGCUGCGACGGGCGUGUUGGUGCGAUACUUUUCCACGUGGUGCAGCGACGAUGUUGCUGAGGUCGUCUGGCGCAAGGUCAACGAAAAGGAUGGGUCGUGCGAGUGCCAUACGUGGGCCGAGUUUGUGCGGUGGGCCAAGAGGCAUUGGGUCGCGCCGGAUCCGGACCAGGACUCGAGGAAACGGGUCACGAAGCUGGAAAAGUGGUAUGCGCGGAAAAUUGAGCCGGUUACGGCGAUGGGUAUAAUGAAUGCCUUGUACAAGCUGGACUCGCUGCUGGCCAGGAUACCAGAUGAAGAUGCGAGGGAGGUGGCGACGAGGGAUGCGCCGAGGAUGUUUUUAAACCACAAGCUUUCGAGGCGAGCGGCGAGCGCCAUUUGCGCAAGAGGGUUCAAGUUUUCUGGAGAGGCAGAGAAGAUGGAAUUUGAUGAGUUUCUUCAGUGGAUGAUGAAGAUUCUGGAGGAUGGCUUUGAGCUGGAGGGGCGGUUCAUCUGUCUUCAGGACGAGCAGUCAGAUUUGGAGACUGAGGACGAUAAGGAUUGA